AUGAACCCACCACCCAAACCAUCUCUCUUCGACUCCGAAAACGCCUUCGUCACCUCCCCACUCUUCUCCGCACGGAUCCUGGCAUGCUUGCGGUUACUCUGGGGGUCCUACGCCCUGUUCACGUUGCUGUUCACGCUUAUAUGGAUAGCGGUGCGCGUCCCCGGAGGCGCGAGCACAAACAGAUACUUCUCGUACCUCACGAGACUGCACUACACCGGCAUUUGCGCGUGGUUCUUCGCUUCGGGCGUCCAAACCGCCUUCUACGCCUCCGCAGACGGCGGCGGCAGGUACCCGCUCCGACGAUGGGGACGCGUCUUGCAGGUCCUGCACGAGUGGCUCUUCUCCACAGUGGUAACGAUGCCGUUCACCAUAACGCUGACGUUCUUCAUCCUCCUGCGCGUCGAUCUGGACGCGUCGGUUCCCUUUGACCUCUACUCCAACAUCUCCAUGCACGUUUUCAACUCCGUGUUUGCCCUGUUCGAAAUCCUCCUCACGAAUGACCCGCCUCCGGCGUGGAAGUGGCUCCCCGUCAACUUCCUCAUAUGGGGAGCGUACUUUGGUGUAGCGUAUAUAACACAUGAGGACGUGGGACUAUAUCCUUAUUACAUUCUUGACCGCACAAAAGUCGGAGGGAGAGGGGUGGUAGCGGCGUAUAUUCUGGGAAUCAUCGGGGUGUACGGAGUAACAUACGUCGUCGUGCACGGUGUCGCCAUCGCAAGACGGAGGUUGGUGGACCGACUGGCAGCAAGAAAGGAUGGGGAUGGGGAUGAGGAAAGGGAGGAAGAGAAAUGCAGCAUGCAGGCAUCAGAGAUUGAGGCUGCUUGA